AUGUUUCUUGAGAAAGUCAGUUUUGAAAUGGCGUUAGCCGAAAUUCCCGGGACGGCCGAUGGGCGCCGAGAACAGUCGGUGCCGAAGCGAAGUAUUGCAAACUUGUCUCGGCAAUGUCUUUGCGAAAAUAAUAUGAUCGAGUCUACCGUAGUAGGGAACGAAGCCACAAGCUCGCUCAAGACUCAAGAGAGAAGUCGCGUGUAA